AGCAGCAUGUUUGCAGUGGAGCAGCAAGCCGGGGAACCUUCGCCUGCUGGACUCUCUCUCUCUCUUGCGGGGGAGAGGGGAGGAUUAUUAUCAUCAUUAUUUUGAGUGAGGGGCGAUCCUAAUGCCCCGCCAGCGUACAAUGAUGAACGAGGCUGAUAUUGUGCUGGUAGAGGACACGCAACAGCCUAGCUAUGAAAAGAGGACAAAAAAGUCACGGAAGCGCAGCCGAGAAGAAGUCAAACAGCCAGUUGUGUCCUCUGAUCAGACAUCUUCCCAGGAUACAGAAGAUGCUGGGACUAGUAGAAAAAAACAUAAGAAGAAAAAAUCCAGUUUGGAAACUUCUGAUGCUUCCUGGGUCAUCCCCGAGACUCCGCUGAGCGAUGAGUCCGAAAUAAAUAACUUUGUGCCCAAGAAGAAGAAGAAAAAGAUGAAACACAGACUUAAACAUGGUAGUGAUGAGGAGGGUUGGAGCCCAUCAAUUCCCAACAAAUCCAGUCAACCAUCCCUCAAAAAGGCCUUGGCAAAUGGGGGUGUUGAUGAUGAUGAGUUUUGGAGCUCAUCAACUCCCAACAAAUCCAGUAAACUAUCUCGGAAGGAGGACUUGGGGAAUGUCAGCGUGGUUGAUGGUAACAGGUCAUCUCGUAAGAAGAAGAAGAAGAAGAAAAGGAAACGAAGGGAGGGUAGCUAUGUCCCUGGUGAACUUGAGAAGGAGAAGGCUGAGGCCACAAGUUCACAGAGAGAAGAUCAGGUGGACCUUGACCAAACGAUAGACACGCAGAUGGAUCUCUUUGGCUCCUUGCCUUUCUCCUUCUCCGAGGGACCACAAGUGGACCUUCACCCGGGGCAUGGCCAAGAGGGAAGCUGUUCUCCCACUGCUGAGGUUUCUGAGGCUACUCGGGUGGACCUGGAGAUGGAAGGAACAUCAGCUGGAGACCAUGAACAGACACAACCCCAACCAAAAUUGCCCGCUUCGGGGGUUAACACCAAAUUGGAUCAAUCCCAAACGGGUAUGAAACUCCGAUCUUCACGCAAGCGGUCCCCUCCCGAAACAUAUUCUGAGGAGGAAGAAGAGGAUUGGUAUGCUCUGGAUAGGGAACAACUGGAGAAUGCCCGAAAAGAACUAGAGGAAUUCAUCCCUCGGGCAAAGACACUGGCAGAUUCUGCGAUCAGGCAGCUGGCCAAACGAGAUCUAGCCAGGUUUCGGGAGCUUAAGAAAAAAGGCUUGGCGGUGAGGUUCGGCGUGUUCUCCCAAGCGGAAAACAGCUUAUUAACCGAAAACAUUGAGGCUUUUUUGGAAGAAAGCGGGAUUGAGACGGCGGAGAAACUCCUCUUCUCCAACCGGUUUCCAGAGGAGGAAGCCGAAAUCAAGAGGCUGAAAUGCAAAUAUUUGUUUUGUGAAAGAAUCGCUCAGGGUAUUGCCCGGCCCUGGAGGCUAGUUUAUUAUCGAGCCAGGAAAAUGUUUGAUCCUCAGAAUUAUAAAGGACGGUAUACAGAGAAAGAGAAGAAAAAGCUCUUUAAGUAUCACGCCAUGUAUGGGAAUAGAUGGAAAAAAAUCUCAGAGCUUAUGAACCGAAGCAGUCAUUCAAUCGCCUUGAAAUAUUCGCAGAUGGUAGAAGACUCCAACCUUGGCCCUUGGACAAAAGACGAGACUUAUAGACUCCUUCAAACACUUAGAGAUAUCCUGAAAGCGAAAAUGAAGGGGUUGGAUUCGGCCUUGGACAACAGGGACUCCAACGGAGCCCUCACCCUUCUGCGAGAAAACCUCUACAAGAACAUCGGCUGGAUGAAAGUGGCAGCCCAGGUGGAAACCCGGAGUUGGCGACAGUGUAAAAGGAAAUGGAUGUCGAUCCUAACGAAGAAAAUGAUGGGGAAAUCGCACUUCCACGGACUUAACAACUUGCGGUUUAAGAUCGACCUCAUCGAAAGAUUGUACGAAUUGAACGUGGCAGACACCAAUGAAAUAGACUGGGAGCACAUCGCUGGCGUUAUUGGGAACGUUCCUCCGGAUUACGUCCAGAGCAGAUUCUACACAAUGAAGACGGCCUACGUUCCUUUCUGGUAUGAGAAAACUUUCCCAGAAGUUAUCGACUACCUGUUUGAAGACACGUUGCCCACCUUGAAGGAAACCUACGAGAGGCUGGCCCAAAAACAGAGGGCCCCUCAGGAGGAAACAAGCUGUAAAACGUCCUUCCGCUUCAACGACAUUUUCCGAGAUAUGCUGGAAGAUGAGCUGAUAAACGCCGAAGACCUCAGCAAUUGGGAGAGCGGAGAACCGAGUCAGGCCAACGAUUGAGAUCCUGAACAAACGAUAGGAAGGAGGAGGAGGGAACUUCCUGGCUGUUGCGGAAUGGGAAAAGAUUCACAUUCUCUUUGGCUUCCUGCCUUCCAUCCGGGAGAGGAAUCGUUGUCUGUGUCAAGCCCGAUAUUGAAUUGUCUGCCACAUCUCUUCAUCUCCGCCCCCUGCCUUUUAUCCCCAGAACUAGGGUGGGGCUUCGCUGGCAGCGGUGGCUCUUCCAUCCCAA